GCUGCGCGCGGACGCGGGGAACAAAAGCUCGGGCAGAGUCUGCAGCGGCGCUCGGGGAGCACGGGGUGUUUUGAAUGAUUAUUAAAAUUAGCAUGUGUCUGCGCCAUCCUGUGGGUGUGGCGCAGCGCGGCGUGUAAACUCGGGGCGGCGGGAGCGAACGUUGGAUUAGCGGCAGCAGCCUGUCAGCUUGCCCGAGGAGAGGGGGACCAGCGCGCGGCACGCCGAGCGGCACGAUGGCCUCGUCUCAGGGGAAGAACGAGCUGAAACUAGCCGACUGGAUGGCCACGCUACCCGAGAGCAUCCACAGCAUCCCCCUGACUAAUUUAGCCAUCCCAGGAUCUCAUGACUCCUUCAGCUUCUACAUUGAUGAGGCCUCUCCAGUUGGGCCGGAACAGCCAGAGACUGUCCAGAAUUUUGUUUCCGUGUUUGGAACUGUGGCCAAAAAGCUGAUGCGGAAGUGGCUAGCCACUCAAACGAUGAACUUUACUGGUCAACUAGGAGCUGGUAUCCGUUAUUUUGAUCUUCGAAUUUCUACCAAGCCCAGAGACCCCGACAAUGAGCUCUACUUUGCUCAUGGUUUGUUCAGUGCCAAAGUCAAUGAAGGCCUUGAAGAAAUCAAUGCAUUUCUCACGGAUCACCGCAAGGAGGUAGUCUUCUUGGACUUCAACCAUUUUUAUGGGAUGCAGAAGUAUCACCAUGAAAAACUGGUCCAAAUGCUGAAAGACAUCUAUGGAAAUAAAAUGUGCCCAGCUAUUUUUGCCCAGGAAGUUAGUCUACAGUAUCUAUGGGAGAAGGAGUAUCAAGUGUUGGUCUUCUACCAUAGUCCAGUGGCUCUAGAAGUUCCCUUCCUCUGGCCCGGGCAGAUGAUGCCAGCACCCUGGGCCAACACCACAGACCCUGAAAAACUGAUUCAGUUUCUUCAGGCAUCUAUCACUGAAAGAAGAAAGAAGGGCUCUUUUUUUAUAUCUCAGGUGGUGCUGACCCCUAAAGCUAGCACAGUCGUCAAAGGGGUGGCCAGUGGCCUCAGAGAAACAAUCACAGAAAGAGCUCUGCCAGCUAUGAUGCAGUGGGUUCGCACACAGAAACCAGGAGAAAGUGGCAUCAAUAUUGUCACUGCUGAUUUUGUAGAACUCGGUGAUUUCAUCAGCACUGUCAUAAAGCUCAACUACAUCUUUGAUGAAGAAGCCAACACCUGAUAGUAUUAUUUGGAGCAUCCAUGAGUAAGAUAGAGAAGACUCAUCGUUUAAGCAUAUUAUCUAUAAACACUGAGUCUCAGAGGGGAUUAGGCUGAUAGUGGGUGGGAGAAAGGGGAAAUCCAUUACUCCAGGGAUGAUUAUGGUAUUCUGCAUUACUAUAAAUACUUCAUUUCCCAUUUGAUGAGCAAAAUCUACUGCUAGUGUUAGGGAUAAAAAGACCAGUGAACUUUUGUUUUUCAAAAUUAGUCUUUGUAAUGUGAUACUCAUGAGUGUUUGCUUGAUUGCAUUUCUGGUUUCAACCCGGGGUCCCUCCAUUCUCUGUGUCUCCUGAAUCUUUCUGCUCCUGCUCUUGCUCGCUCUUCUUAGCCAGAUGCUGUGUGGGAAUCAAAACAGUUGAAUACCCAAUAUAACAUGUAUUACAUUGUUGUACUGAAAUUUUUUGUGGGACUUGUCUUAAUAUUCUCUAGUAAUUGUCACUUAAACAAUCAGUGAUGACUAUUGGUCAUUGAAAAUAUGCAUCAAAUCAGUUUCUUUGCAUCAGUGAGUGCUAUUGGAGGUCAUGAUCAGUAACUUUGGUGUUAUAUGAAAACAAUCGUGUUUCACAGUAUUUAUAUGUAAGGCAGCUAUAAAUAAAGAUUAAAAACUUUAUCUGGAAUAACUACUAGUGCCAAGUCAAUAGUGAAAAUAAGGGAAGAAAAAAAUUCUACUUUAAUGAAGGAAUAAUAUUCUCCCAGAAAUUUCCAUUAAAUAAAAAAUGAAGAGUGCUAAGAUCACAAAAGUGAAAAAUCCUUUUACCAAGGGGGCUCCUAAGAAUUCUCUUAAUUUAGAGAAAAAGGAAGAAAAAGAAAAAAGCAACAAGACAUUGUGUGAGCUUUCCUAGCAAACUGGGAUUUCCAAAUAUGUAAUUCUAAAUCCCAAACUUUGAGGAAUAUGCUUCAAGAAGCUUUGAUUUGAGACUUUUCACUUUUUUAAUUGAGGUUGAACAGGAGGAGGAGGAGGAGGAAUACAGAAGUGCUUUUGAAUCUGUGCCCAUGAAAUUUCAAAUAUCCAUAAAACAUCUUUAGGAGAUCUUUAAAUAUGUAUGACCUAGGCAGACUUGUUUAAAAUUGGCAGUGACUCAUCAGUUCUGACUUCCAUCAUACACUGUGGUUGAGAGUAAGGAAGAAGCCAAUCUUUUCCAUAAGGGUUUGUGGUUCAACAUUGAAUUACUUCUAAGUCUAUAGGGGAAGAAAAAGAUAAUGCAACUUUGAGCUCUGCUUUCUUGUUAGAAUCUUUGUAAAGUCUGAUAACUCUAAAAUCAUCUUAAAAGUAGCACAGGAUCUCUUUCCUAUGUGCCAC